AUUCAAACCAGUAGUCAACCAACUACUAGAUCUAUUCGAAAAGAAGACUCUGUCCGUCGCGUAUGAUAAGUUACGAAAUUUAAACAAAAAUCAGAAAUACUCAGCCGAUGUCGAGGCGUUUAUUCAACCAAAAACUGAUACCGCGCGGUCUAUGCAAACAAAAGAUGAAGUGGAAGUGUAUCCUGGGGGCAAUUCUACUGCUCACCUUGCUUAUUAACGAAGUGGAAUUACAUGGCAUUGGCAAAGAUCAUUCGAAGAAGAUGCGCUUGGAACCUUGGGGAAGCACGUUUAAUUUAGAAAAUCUUCCCAGGCAUUACCAUUCGAAGAAAGUUGAUCAAUGUCCCACGUCUAGACCGGAAGGUCGUCAUCGACGAAAACCAAGGGUUGGAAAUACACAUCACCUACCACCCUUGAAAGACGAAGAACAUCGUCAUCUAAUAAUUAAAGGAGGAUUUCAACCUGUAUUUGCUGAGGAGCUCGCAAAUCUCUCAGUAGCACGAGGUAGAGACGCUCGCUUCAAAUGCAUUGUCGAUAAUUUAGGAGGAUAUAAGGUGGGAUGGGUCAAAGUUGAUACAAAGGCGAUUCAAGCUAUCCAUGAUCACGUCAUCACUCACAAUCCACGCGUAUCGGUUUCCCAUAGCGACCAUGCAACAUGGUACCUACUUAUUAAGAAGGUCGAAGAAUCUGACAGAGGGAUGUACAUGUGCCAAGUUAAUACAGAUCCAAUGAUAUACCAGAUGUCAUUUCUUGAGAUUCUACAUCCCCCGGAUUUUGACAUGUUGGAAACGUCAUCAUCUAUCGAAGUUCAAGAAGGGUCCCCACUGAAAUUGCAGUGUAAAGCAUUCGGUCGUCCGAAACCUCGCAUAAUUUGGCGCCGCGAAAAUAAUACCGAAAUAAAUAUACGUGAUGCUGACGGAAACAAGGUUAAAGUUGAAAAUUAUUAUGGUGAAGUACUUGAUCUACCGAAAAUGAUGCGUUCUGAUAUGGGGAAUUACAUGUGUAUUGCCACCAAUGGGGUACCACCUACGAUUAUAAAAACUAUUCGGGUUACAGUUCGUUUUCAUCCAAUGGUCCAGGUACCUAAUCAGUUGGUAGGGGCUCCUUUAGGAACCGAUAUUACCCUAGUGUGCUUUGCUGAAGCGUAUCCUCGAUCCAUAAACUACUGGUUGAAAGAUGGCAAAGUUUGGUUCAAGUCUAGCAGCGAGAUGGACCUAACGUUUAUGUAUAAAAUAGGUGAAUUGGUAUUUUAUAAUAAGAAAUACGAUGUCGAGUUACAAUCCUUGUCGGAUUACGAACUAAAUAUGACCCUGAAAAUAAGGAAUCUCACUGAAAGAGACAUGGGAAGCUAUAACUGCGUAUCCAAAAAUCCUGUGGGAGAAGUGUCUAGCCAAAUUCGAGUUUACGAAAUAACAGAUGAUAGGUCGUCCAACCCCCUAAAUAAAGCUUAUCGAGGCGGUUCAAAUGAUGUUGCGACCAAAAAGCCCAAAAGACCGGUGAAACUGCUACGCCCAGCAAAUGUGGGAAAUGCAAUCAGAGAUGAAAACGCGAAAAUGUAUAAUCCAAAACAGCCACGCUUACAAAACAGGGCAAAGCAAAGUUUCCCGUAUGUUUGUUACUUAUACCUUUCCUUAAUUUUCUAUCUCAUUGUUUAAACAUUUCUGAAUGUUAAAUGUUCGUUGUAUAGUGACAAUAACACUGACGUAAUCCAACUAUCACUUACACUAAACAAAAUAAUGUGAAAAUAACUAUCCUGAUGUACUUCUCGUAUUUUCUCAAACUUGUCGUGUUUUUCCUUUUGAAGCAAUGGAAGUAGAAAAUGGGAAAAGGGAAUUUAACAAAAGUAAACCGAUUUAUUAAACGGGCCUUUAAAUUUGUUGCCUUAAAGUUAUUCGAAAUAAAUAUGUAAAACUUAAUAUCUUAAAUUCGGAAUAUGUCAAAUUGUACAUUUACAGUUAUUUACCGGUUCUUUUUUUAUUUGCUGCCAUGCCGUACUUUCAAAAAUCUGGGUUCAAUUAAUGAGAGGUAGAAAGAGGGAACAAGACUUGCUUCUUAAUUAUUUAUGUGAAAACGCUUUUGGAAUUACAUCCAGC